UCAAAUGGAAUGGUCUCAAACAAAAGUGACAUACAGCCACAAUGGCAAUCGGCAGUAUCAGCUAUCAUGCUUGAGAAGCAAAAUUUACAAACAUGCAAUGUCGAAAAGCCAUAAGGCAGCAGAAGAGUUGUCAAAGAAAAAAAGUACAAUCGAUGUGUCCAUUCUAAAACAACUAGAAGGGGAAGUGGACAAGACAGCCUCACUUUUUCGAACAGCUUACCAUAUGGCAAAGAAAAACAGGCCUUACACAGACUAUCAGGACCUGGUGGUACUUCAGCAAGCAAAUGGCCUUGACAUGGGCAUCACACUCCAUUCAAGAUACAGUGCUAAAAACAUAAUCGACCACACAGCGCAAGAAAUGAGAAAUAAAAUAUUGAAUCACAUACUAACGGAAGAUAAGAGGUUUAGCGUACUAAUUGACGAGUCCACAACACUAAGUAAGAAGUCAGCAUUGGUGGUAUAUUUAACAUCCACAGUAAAUAAUGUACCCACUGUAAUAUUUCUUGACUUGGUCGAGCUAGAAAGUCAGUCAGCUGAGAAUAUCACCAACACCUUACUACAGUGUCUAACAACUUGUGGACUAAAUGAAAAUUUUAUCAGGACAAACUUUGUUGCAUUUGCUUGUGAUGGUGCCAGUGCCAUGCUUGGGAGGAAAUCUGGUGUAGCCACACGUCUGCAACAGAUGUAUCCAGAAUUAAUCGUAUGGCAUUGCCUCAAUCACAGACUUGAGUUAGCCGUGGGUGAUACUGUGAAAAAAGUCAACAAUGUCAACCAUUUCACAUCCUUUUUGGACAAAGUAUAUACAGUCUACCAUAGAUCACCAAAGAACACCCGCGAACUGGCUCAGCAUGCGGAAGAACUCGAAAUCCAUGUGCAGAAGAUUGGGAGGGUUCUUGAUGUUCGGUGGGCUGCUAGCAGCUUCAGAACAGUAAAAGCUGUCUGGAAUUCCUACAGAGCUUUACACCAUCACUUCAGUGCUGCUUCUGUGGAUUGCACAAGAGAUGAGAAUGAAAAGGCUAUGUACAGGGGCCUGAUGACAAAAAUGGAGACCCAAGAAUUCCUCUGUGAUUUAGGUUUAAUGUAUGACACAUUAGAGGAAAUUUCACACCUGUCCUUGACCUUACAAGAGAGAGGAAUGACGCUCACCAGAGCAGACAAACUAAUGAAAAGGACUAUUCGAAUAAUUGCAUCAAUGAUAAUCUCUCCAGGGGAUAAAAGGAAGGAUGCUCUUGCAGCUGCAGAGAGAGAGGAGUUUCAUGGCAUUCCCUUAACAGCCAGUCCUAGGCUGAGACGGAUAGACUCAGCAGUGUUUCUUCAGUCCCUUACUGAGAACCUAGAGGAAAGGUUGUUCAGCACUGGCUCAAGCAGACACCCUGGUGUAUCAGCUGAGAACACUGCUCAAUAUACAGACUUACUUGAGAACUUUAAUGUCCUGAUUCCAGAAAACUGGCCUGUGCCCUUACAAGAGCAGUAUGGAGAAACUUGCAUAAAGCAACUUGCACAUCGGUUCAGACUUGACACAAGGAAAGCGCUUGAAGGCUUCAGGGAUUAUAAAGAGAACUCCAGUGAGAUACCUGAAAACUUGUCCCCACUCACCAAUAUUCUCAACCUGAUACCUGUGAGCAAUGCUGAAUGUGAACGAGGAUUCAGUUUAAUGAACAUUAUUGUGUCUCCGCUUAGGUGUAGGGUGUCGAUACAGUCUGUGUCAUCACUGAUGUUUGUUAACCUGAAUGGUCCGCCAUUGAUAAAGUGGAACCCAAAAGACUAUGUGAAAUCUUGGCUGUUGAAACACAGGGCAGCUUCAGAUCCACGUGCACGUCCCUGCACACUAAAAUAUCCAACAGACAAAGAGGCUCUGUGGGCACUGUUGUGAGUGACAUUAUGACUAUGGGUAGCUACAAAGUUAAGUUCAGUGCUAUAAUGAUUAUUUGAUAUUGUUCUUUUUUUUGCUUUCUUUCACACUGACAUUAUUUUUCUCUUUAUUAAGAUUUAAUAAACCUCAAACAUGCGUAUUGUGUAUCUCGAAUUAUGACUGAUACAGAGUAGAGACCUCAGGGAACCCUUGUCACACACAAACAUACAUACAUGCAUUCACACACAUACAAGUACACACACAUGCACAUUUACAAACACUCAUACACACACAAUCCUAUGUGUCAGAAAAGUUGUUUCAUAAAAUACACAUCGUAGCCUCCUUGCGUCAUGCUUGCGUCGACUAUGAAUUGGCCCUUACAACGUCGUGGUCCCCCGAUCCC